AUGUUUGCGAAGAACUUGAGAUUGGGCCACUUUGUUUGUAUGACCGAGAAUGUUAUUGGAAAGACGCGUACGUUUUACUCAGCGGCGAAGAAAGAUUUCCCGCGAAUUUUGAUCACUGGUACGUCAUUCACGAUGUGUUAGUCUUCAGUUAAUAUUAACUUCUGCCCCGUAGUUGCCCUGUAUUUAGGAUAAUUUUCAUCAUAAGUUUUGUUCAUCCAGCAUUAAAGAACUGUUUUGAAGCGUUUAAAGCAAAGAAACGUGAGAGAUACUCCCGGAAAUGACGAGAAACGUGGCUUUAUUAAUGCAUUCGUCCUACCACGAACACAUUUUUGUGAAGACGUACUUUGAUGCUAUCGCCUCACGGGUCAAUACUUUGAAAUUAAAGAUGGACACAAAUUUAUAUCAGUCCUUGUUUCUUGAUAACAAAUUCUUUAUAAUCAAAUAAUUAUUUUUGUGUAUGCAGGUAGUUUGGGACAACUUGGACGUGGUCUUGCUAAAAUCUUAAGGUAAGGAAAACCGAAAAAGUGCCUGUCUUCGGUUCCGACUUACAAGUCAACUUAUAAUUACAUUUUUUUAUGCCACGCGGUUGCAACGUGAUACAGUUUAUUUACGGUUCGAUAUUCCAUUCGCUCCAUGCAUCUUCCCUUUGACUUACUUUACUUUAUUUCUACUAGCAAGUGCAUCGUCAAAGUGACGCGUUAACUAACGUGGUUAGACACGGAACAAUGACUCGCUGAAGUAAGCAAGAAAUGUCGAGGAAUUUAUAUCGACGAGGUUAACAAAUAUUCAGUCAAAAUUUUAAUUGUUGGUCACUUGUUGAGAACAACAACAAGCUAGAUCAAUUGGACUGAGCUAGCUUAAUAACGCAUGAGAUCAGUUUGAUUUGAAGCAAGGUACUAAUUCCCCUUUGGCACAGCUGAGUCAAUACCGUAGCCACUGCUCAAUAUCUUUACACAAUGUGAAUGAUUUUAUUAGAGUUUCUCUUCCAAGAGGAGUUUGACAUUUAUCGGCCCUCCUUUUUUUCAAUUGUAAUGAGUAAUGGAAAACUUUAUUUAGAAAAAGGUAAGAAUAUAUAUUGUUUACAGAGUAGUACCUGUAGAAAUUGUUAGUUAUUCAGACGUCUACAUAAAGAUUGGAAAGUUUCCAAGGUUCUUAGUCUGGCAGACAUAAACAAUUGAAGUCGGUUCAUUUAUCGGGAUUAAGGAUACUUUUGAUAACAAAGAGGAAAAAUAAUUUCUCAUCUGUUACCAAGGAUACUUUUUCAUCCGACAGAAAUUUUUGAAUGAAUUAUUUUUACACUGAUUAAAUAUACUAAGUGGUUGUAACUUAUUAGCUAAUUUUGUCUGUGAUUAUUUCCUCUAUUGCUUCAGAGAGAAGUAUGGAAGAGAUAAUGUCAUCAUGUCAGACAUUGCAAAAGCAUCGUGGGAUGUUUUGGAGAGUGGUAAGUUUGGCAAUUGCUCUUUCUCCUGUUGUCAAUUAAUUCACAUACUUUGUGUUGAACGGUCUUCCCUGAAUUUUUCAUUAAUUGUUUUUGGUUGAACUUGAAUAUAUUAACCCUAUCAUCCCACACAUCAAUUUGCAUAUUCUCCAUUCCGUUCUCUGUACACUUUCUAAGUUGCUGACAAGGAGAACUUGUUUAACAAUCAAGAGCUUCAUUAGUUGGUGAUCAUUUCCUUUACUGAAUGUUUUUUUUUCAGUAAGAAUUAUGAAUUAAUACAUUGAUGUAUUCAAGAUCAAAGAGGGCACUGUGAAUAUCUUCUACCAAAUGCAGUGACAAGAAAAUUACAAAUUUGGGCCUAAAGUACACUUUCUCUUUGUUCAGUAGCUCUGCCUCAGUUUAGUAGCUUUUAUAUAUACAUUAAAUGAUAAUUUUUUUUAUGCCAUGCUGACAGGUCCAUACAUUUAUGCUGACAUCCUGGACUUAAAAAACCUUCAGUCCAUUGUCGUCAAUGAACGCAUUGAUUGGCUGGUUCAUUUCAGUGCUAUUCUUAGUGCUGUGGGUGAACAGAAUGUGUCACAAGCGCUACAAGUAAAUGUUGAAGGUGUUCACAAUAUCUUUGAACUGUGCCGCAGAAAUAACUUGAGGCUGUUCUGCCCAAGCACAAUCGGAGCAUUUGGUCCUGAAACUCCUUCAAACCCCACCCCUGAUGUGACAGUUCAGAGGCCAAAGACCAUCUAUGGGGUCUCUAAAGUUCAUAUGGAACUUCUUGGAGAGGUACCCAUGAAGUUUUAAAUCUUUUCUACUGAUCAGUCAAAAAUUUUGUUCUUGUUUUUUGUUUGUUUUAUCAGUUACCUGCAAUAAUUCUUGUCAUCAUUGUUAUUUUCCACAUCAUUCAGUUACCAUUUUUUUUCUUUGUGCUCUCUUUAACAGUACUACCAUCACAAGUUUGGUUUGGAUUUCCGCUCAGCCAGAUUUCCAGGGGUCAUCUCAGCUGAGACUGCCCCAGGGGGUGGUACUACAGACUAUGCUGUCCACAUUUUCCAUGAGGCCUUAAGAACUGGCAAAUACAAAUGUUAUCUGCUCCCUGAUACAAGAAUGCCAAUGAUAUAUCUCCCAGAUUGCUUACGAGCAACUGUUGAGUUGUUAGAGGCACCCUCAGAUAAGUUGAAUUUGCGCACAUAUAAUAUCAGUGCCAUAAGCUUCACACCUGAAGAGCUGGCUGGUGCAAUACGAAAAUUCAUUCCAACUUUGAAAAUGGAAUACGAACCUGAUGAAAGACAGGCUAUAGGUAGGUUUAACCCUCUAACUCCCAGACCAAAUUUGUAGUUUUCCUUACUGUCAACCAUACAACUCUUAUAAUGUUAGUUAAGAGAAUUAAGUAUUAGAUUGACUAAUUAUCCCCAAAUUGAUAGUUUUCUUUUCUGGUUGAUAUAUUGACUGUCAUCACUUGUCUGGUUGAUAUUGUAUCAACAUUGUUAGGAGAAAUUCUGUCUUGGUCACUUAUAGGAGUUAAAGGUUUAAAGACUUUGCAUGGGGGGAGGGGGUUGGGUGUAAGUGGAGAAGAAAUUAAUCCUUUAAAACCCAGGAGUGACCAGCAUCUAAUUUCUCUCCACAGAAAUUCUGCUGAAUCAUUCAGUAAGAUCUUGAGAAUAGAGACAAUGAUCACCAACCCAUGGAACUUUGAUCGAUAAAUGAAUUCUCUAUGUCAGUAUCAAUGGAAAUGUGUAGAGACAAAUAUAAAGAAUAUAGAUACUGACUUUAAAAACAAUUAUCCCUAAUAAUCAGUAGAAAGAUUUUUAAAAUGGAACUUUGUUCUUUUGCAGCUGAUAGUUGGCCUCAGGUUCUAGAAGACAGUAAUGCAAGGAAGGAUUGGAACUGGCAGCAUGUGUAUGAUCUUCCAGCAAUGACAUCAGCUAUGCUGGAAGUAUUAGCACCCAAGGGAAAAGUCAGUGCCUCCUUCAUGCUUUAAAUUCCACAUUCUUUACCUUCACUACCAUACUGGUCAGCCCUUUAACACCCACAAGUAGUGUUCUCUCUACCUAUUUGCUAGAUAAUGUAUUGAUAUUACGGGGAGAAGAUACAUGUAAAAAAAAAAAAGGCACACUUUAAAUAGGUUGACUCUGCCCCUUGGUUUCAGCUCAAAUGCAAAUUAUGCUGUGCUGAUGUUACACCAUGGCAAAGCAGAUCAUUUGAAUAUCAAAUUCACUGUAACAAAUAAACAUUGAUUGGAUGAAGGAGAUGUAAAUCUCAACAAAUUAAUUCUGUCUGCUGUUCACUCCUUUAGAUUGGCUGCAGCAGCUCAAGCUGUUUUGAAUAUAGAGGUCUGCAUGCCAUGACAGUUGAUUGACAAAUGAAUCAGAGGUACCUAGCUAGGGCACCUCUCCUUUCAUAGCACGCUUUCAUGUGUAAGGGUUAGGCAUGCAGCCAGCCCAAAUAUUUUGUUUAAAUGUACAAAUAAUAACAAGUUAUAAUUAAUACUGUAACAUUUUACCAUUGCUGUAUAUGUCAAUAGAAUAUUUAUCAGUAAACAGACCCAUUUCAGGUCCAUGCAAAUGAAGCCGAACCAUUAGAAAAAAAAGUAGAAAGUGAUUUUUUUGUUUCUUUGAUGUUUACUCAGGUAAGUUUCAUUUGCCCCUCAGGUGGGCUACAUUUGCAUAGACGUGAAAUGGUUCCAUAUAACACUGCAGUUUGGAGAUAUUUUUCAAAACCACAUGUUAAGAGUGAUUUUUAGGGUACGAUAUUUACAGGGUACAGAGUGCAAGUGUAAGUUAUUAUUAUCUUAGAUUGUGGUUCUCUAGUAGAGAGAGUGUCAUGUUUUACUCAAAGUUUGUUACGUUGCAGUUAUUUAUGUGUACAUGUACCCAC